CGAGAGACCGACUCAAUCGAGUCUGACGAAACCAGGCAAGAAAGGCUAUACAACAUACAGCUAUCUGAAGAACGAGCCGGGAGCAGACAUCGACGCAAAUCGAAUGAGAUUCAACAUCAAGUGGCUUUCGACACCGGCGAUACAUCCCUUCACAACGCAUCAUGUUUGAUAUAUCCUGGAUUAUUGGCCACGCCCGCACAACCUAUACAUGUCACACCUCUUCUCUCCCCCUCGUUACAAGAUCGAGCUCCAAGACGACCCUCUCCGCCUUGGCCCGAUCCUCCAUCCCACCAUGCCGCCUCAACCCCUUGCUCUUCAAUGGACAUCUUCAAACCAUGUACACCGCCGUCAAAGACCCUGGGCCCCCGAUUUACUACAAGCGUAAACUGCUUGAUUCGGACCACUCGGUAUAUCCGGGCCAAUUUGCUGUGGAUUUUGUCGUGUCAACCGAGGAGGGAGAAAACACAGACGAAAAAGAGGACAAUGGAGAACUGCCGGAGCGUACAAGUUACUUUGACAAAGAUGAGUGGAACGCGUUGGCGAGCGAUGACGAGAUGCCAAUGAUCAUUGCACUGCAUGGUCUGACCGGUGGAAGCCACGAAGUCUACUUGCGUGAGACACUGGCGCCCCUCACAGCAGCAGGAUGGUCGGCUUGCGUUGUCAAUGGGCGAGGAUGUGCACUAUCAAAGAUUACCACGCCACAACUGUUCAACUCGCGCUCAACAUGGGAUGUACGGCAAACUAUCAAAACUCUGCGCUCAUUGUUCCCUAACAGGCCCUUGUAUGCUGUGGGUUUCUCGUUGGGCGCCAAUAUACUGACCAACUACUGCGGCGAGGAGGGCAGUCAGUGUGUGUUGAAAGCCGCAGUUGCAUGUUCCAAUCCCUGGAAUCUGGAGCUCUGCAAUACUGAGCUCCAACGAACCUGGCUCGGGCUGAAUGUGUAUCAUCGAGCCAUGGGUAAAAACAUGAUGGGCUUGUUCGAACGGCAUAAAGAACAAAUAUUACAGAAUGACAUGAUCAAGCUGGAGGACGUGAUGAAAAGUAGGUAUCUGUACGAAUUUGACCGUGUCAUCCAGGCGCCCACUUGGGGGUAUCCGACCGAGGGCGCCUAUUAUCGAGAUGCACAAAGCGUGGAUGCAUUGCUUGGUGUCAGGAUUCCAUUUCUAGGCAUCAAUGCGGAAGAUGACCCAAUCUCUUCGAUGAGAGGAAUACCCUUUGAAGAAUUCAAGAAAAACCCCUACGCCGUCCUCUGUACCACCAACUGGGGCGGACAUCUCGGAUCCUUCCAGCUUGGUGGUGGGAGAUGGUUUGCGACAGCCGCUGCCUCUUUCCUCUCCAACAUGCACGAUGAGAUCGAUCACAAAGCCUCCCAGGUCGAGCGACAGGAGGCAAAGGUUGACGCGCCACUCGACAAAAAGUACCCCAUCUUCGAUCCAAACAAUAGACGCCUCAUCCUGCCGGAUGCGUAGAUGGUAGUAAGAACGAUGUGUAAUGUAAUGUAAAAUCUGGGUAUCAUAGACUUUUAGACGUGGUAAACUCGGUAUAGAAUAGACUUUGGGCGAUCUCAUCCGAACGAAACCCUCUUUCUCGGCUUGAACUUGCCCUUGUCCUUUGGCGGCUCGUUCUCCAUGUCUUCGGUGCGCGCAGGGUCAGAGUGCCGUCCCUUCCUCUUCUUCUUCAGACUCUGCUUCCUGUCCUCAAACUUGGCAUCCUUCUCCUCGCUCCUAGCCUCGGCCUCCUUCCUCUUCGCCUCUCGUAUCUCCUCCAGCUGCCGUGCCCGCAUGAUCUUGCUCUCGAUGUGCCCCUCCUUCU